UACUUAUCGGUGCCUAACGGUUCAUGUCUAUUUGUCAGGUUUUGUUGUGACUUGUGCAAAAUUACUAAUAUUUGUGUUUAUUAUUCGUGUGAUGUUCAAGUCUUCAUAUUGUAAUAAGGAUAAUAUUAAAAAUAUUAUGCAGUACAUAGCACUAAGUUUAAGGAGUACUAAUUAUAAAAAAUCUCUUUUCUGUUCUUGGCCGACCGCCGUCGAAUCGCCAUAAAAUCCUCUAUAUUAGUAUAAUCGCCACUCAGGAUUCAAAAUGGAAACAGAAGACGAAGUUUUGGAUGGGACAAUAAUAAGCGUUCUAGUGCAAAACUUUAUGUGUCACGACCACUUUAAAGUGGAAUUUAAAAAAAGAGUAACUUUUAUAGUCGGUCGGAAUGGUAGUGGAAAGAGUGCCAUCCUCACAGCUUUGGUAGUUGGUUUAGGAGGAAAAGCCUCCGAAACAAAUAGAGGGAAAAAUUUUCAGUCAUUUGUAAAAAAGGGAGCCAAUUCCGCAACAAUUGAAAUAAAAAUAAAGAAUAGCGGCCCGGGUGCUUACAAACCAGAGGAGUAUGGAGAAGUUAUAACAAUAAUAAAAAUAAUUACAGCCUCUGGUGCAUCUAGUUACAAAAUGAGAUCAAUUUCAGGUCAAUUGAUUCACACAAAUGCCAAAGUAGUGAAUGCUAUAGUAUUAAACCUUAACAUUCAAGUGAAUAAUCCAAUAUCAGUACUGAAUCAAGACGAUGCCAAGGAUUUCUCAGUUAAAAAGGACCCAACGAAGCUGUAUUCCCUGUUUAUGAGAGCAACAAACUUGGAUGUGACCGAGGAGAACUAUGAGAGGGCUCGCAUGAUUUGUAAAAGUGCGAUAGCUUCAUGCGAAAAGAAGAACAAAUAUUGCAUGGAUUUGAAAAACGAUUUCAACAAAUGGAAUAAGAUGUAUGAACAAAUGCAAUCGCGCAAGGACAUUGAAAAGCAGCUGAAGCUAUUGAAGGUGGAGUUGGGCUGGAGUGAGAUUGCGGGGGCAGAGAGAGAAGUGGCCACCAUCCGGCAGCAGUGCCUCAAGCAGAGCGCCAAGUGUGAGAGGAUGGAAACUAGCCUGCAAGCCAUGGACCAGACCCUGGGCGGCGCUGCUACUACGGCGCUGGAACAACAACUGGAGGAGUUCAGCAGCGCCAAGGCUGAGUUGGAGCAGCAACUGAGGCCGUUGGAGAGAACGGCCCAGGACGCCCGCCAAGCGCACGGCGAGCUCGAAGCCGACCUGUCGCGCCACGUCGAGGCGUUGAAACGCGAAAAGCGCAGGGUGUGCGACUACGAGCGGGAGAUCGAGGCCGUCGGCGCGGCGGCCCAGCGCGCGGAUCUGGAGCGGCGCGUCGAGCAAGCGCGGCUGGCAGUGAAGGAGGCGCGCGCGCGCUGCGACACGCUCACCAACGACGCGGAGCAAGCGCGCAGCGACGUCGCGCGCCUCGCCACCGCCGCCGAGCGCCCGCUGCCCGAGCGCUCUCGCCUCGGCGCCCUGCUCAAGCAAAGCCAACAGAAGCUGCGAGAGCUGGAGUCGCGCGGCUCGGAGUCGCUGGCGGUGUACGGCGCGUCCAUGGUGGAGCUGUGCCGCCGCGUGCGCGCCGCCGACGAGCAGGGGCACUUCAGCGCCACGCCCCGCGGGCCCAUCGGCCAGUUUAUAAAAGUGAAGGAGCAGCGAUGGGAUGGCGUGCUCGAGCACAUCAUCGGCGGGCUGAUGCGGAGCUUCUGUGUGAACACUGCGGAGGACUCGAGGAAGCUAUUCAGGAUCAUGGACCAGGUGUGGCGCGGCGGCAACAAGCCGUCGGUGACGUGCAGCAAGUUCCUGGCGGCGCGACACGACGUGCGUGCAACUAGCGUGCGCGCGCCGCCGCACGUCAGCGCGCUCGACACGCUGCAGGUGGACGACCCGGUGGUCGCCAACUUCCUCAUCGACAACCUGGCGCUCGAGCGCGUGCUGCUCGUACCCGACCACGAUAGCGCGGUGCGGCUGGCUGACACCGCGGAGCGCGUUCCUCGAAACUGCAACAAGAUCGUGACGCUGGACUGCUCGGAGUACCACCCCGCGCCCAGCUACCGCUCGUACGGCGGCCGCGCGCAACCCGCACGUCUGUUGCACCUCGACACCAACGAGUACAAGCGGCAGUUGCGAAUGGAAAUUGAAGAAUUGGAGACUCAUUUAAGGCAGCACGACUUGAAGAUGCAGACGAUAGAGGCGGAGAAACUUCGCGUGCGGCAGACGGAGCGCUCCGUGUUGCAAGAGCUUAAGGCGAUGGGCGCUGCGCUGCUGAAACGACAGGCCGAGGAGGCUCUAGCCGUAGCGGCGCUCGAAAAACUGCAGGCGCCGCAACAAGCCGUGCUCCAUGAUGAACUAAAUGCAUCCAAACAGAGAGUACAAGAACUGAAUGAAAAAAUUAGUCAGUUGCUCGUCAAAAAGAAGAAGUACAAGCUCCAGCUCGAGGAAUACGAAGCGAAGAUGAGAGACUUGAAGGUGCAGGUCGACCGGGCCAACGCAGCGUGCAGGCGACUCCGUGAGGAGAUAAGCGAGGAAGAAAUGAAAAUAGAGCGCGGAGUCGCGGAUCGCAGGAGCUUGCAACGGGGACUCGAAGACGAACGCAAGAAACUAGACCGCGUUAAGGAGAUACUGUCCAGCAAGGAGGAAGCCGUCGCCGCGAGGAUCCAAGUCGCGAAAGGAACAAGGAUAGACAAUCCGAGGGACAAGGCUGUGAUAGACAGCCUGGUUGCACAACACAAGAUGGCGAUGAACUCGCUGAUGCAGAUGAGCGUCAGUCGCGAGGAGGUGGAGGCCAAGCGCGCCGAGGCCGAGCGCAGCUACCUGCGCAUCCAGGGCCUGCUCGACAAGCUGCAGGAGUACAUCGGGAGGAUUGAGAAAACGGCUGCAGACCACUUACAAUAUUGUUUUAAGUUGAAGAAUGAUAUCGGCCGACACAUUGGGAUUCAUUUUAUGGCCACGCUCAUCACGCGCGGAUAUAACGGCCAGAUCGUGGUGGAUCACAUGAAAGACACGCUAGAGCUGCGGGUGUCGGGGCGCGAGGGCUCACGCAGUGCCAGCUCGGCCGCGUCGCUGUCGGGCGGCGAGCGCUCCUACACCACCGUCGCCUUCAUCACCUCGCUGUGGGAGUGCGUCGAGCUGCCCUUCUACUUCAUGGACGAGUUCGACGUGUUCAUGGACGACAUGAACCGGAAGAUCGCAGUGACCCUGCUGCUGGACAUGGCGGCGCGGCUGUCGGGCCGCCAGUUCGUGUUCCUGUCGCCCAACGCCGUCAACCUGGUGGACCACGAGAAGAUCAAGGACCCCAAUUCACGCGUGCCCGUGGACGUCAUCUCCCUGGCCCCACCGCAGCGAAUAUGAAGAUGCCUUAAUUUGUUAAGUUUACCUAUCAUUUUCUAUGUGAUUAUUUUUGUUACCUAUUUACAAU